AUGGGCGCCUCGCGACUCAUCCGUUUCCUGCCCUCUGGCUCCUCGACGGUCCGUAUCGGCGAGCCAGUCGGCGACAUCGAUGUCGGCCUCGCGACGUAUGCGGGGGACAAGGUCGAGGUCGAGCUGUAUGACGGCGAGAGCGUCCUUGACCCCGGGGCCAAGACGGGCGAGAAGGUCACGCUUGACCGCGUGCUUGCGCCCGUGACGCAGAGGGAGUGUGGGACUAUCCGCUGCAUUGGUCUUAACUACCUCUCCCACGCGCUCGAGGUGGGCAUGGAAGUCCCCUCCGUCCCAACCGUCUUCUUCAAGGCUGCCCAGGCGCUCGCCGACCCCUUCCCGGCGCCGACCGUGAUCCCGAAGGCGUUCGUGAAAGACGAUGCGGCAGACUACGAAGCCGAAGUGGCAAUCAUCAUCGGCAAGGAUGCCAAGGACGUGCCCGAGUCCGAGGCCUGGUCCUACCUCGGCGGCAUCACUGCGUCCAACGACGUGUCCAGCCGCAAAGCGCAGUUCGCGACGAGCCAGUGGUCCUUCUCCAAGUCGUUUGAUGGCGCCGCUCCUCUCGGGCCUGUCUUCGUGCCCCGCGAGUCAUUGGAGCAGAGCAAGAUCGGCGAGGUCACCGUCAAGGGCAUCCACAACGGGAACGUCGUCCAGAGCUCGAACUUGAACGACCUCAUCUUCUCUAUUCCCAAGAUCAUCGCGUUCCUCAGCCAGGGAAGCACGCUGCCCAAGGGCACCGUCAUCAUUACUGGAACUCCCAGCGGUAUCGGAUGGUCCAAGAACCCCAAGUCGCUGCUGCAUGACGGGGACGAGUUCCGCGUCGAGGUGUCGCAUGGCGUGGGCACGCUGAUCAACAAGAUUGUCGAGGAGAAGUAA